AAUUACUCUACUCCACUCCACAAACUAGUGGCCGAGGCUCGGACUAUUAACCGUCCCAUCUCAACCGCACAUUAGUUGUUUUUUAGUUUUCCCAACGCCGCCGAUCAGUCGUUCAUGGCGGCCGGCACGAGCACCGCCGUCACGCCUCACGUGAUGGGGUCCACAGUCAUUGAACUUUCUCGAAACAACCGCACCGGAGCUCCGUUCUCGGUUCGAAUCUCCACGAGGAGCAACGGCGUCUUCACUCGCGACGAGCGCGACCCUCUCGCCCAGGGUCCGUCUUGCAUCUUCGUCGGACCUAUCGAGACCGCCAACAAAGAAACCCUAGAGGCCCUCUAUCGUCAGGCACGGGAUGCAUAUUACAGUGGAAAUCCUUUAAUAGUUGAUGACAUGUUUGACAGAGUAGAGUUGAAAUUACGGCGGUUUCGUUCAAAGUGUGUUGUCAAGUACCCUCGUUGCAGUCUUAGGAUGCAGUCAACAUAUGCUGAUGCUGAGGAAGAUCCUUCACAGGUCUUUGCAUUAGCAAGUGUAUGGCUCCUGUUUCUUGGUUUUGGAAGUUCAGCAUGUCUCGUGCCAGUAAUCUCCAUGAUUGGUCAAGCUUAUCGAGAUGCAUUCAAUUCAGGAUUUUCCUACAGCAGCCAGGCAUCUGCAUUAGGGUUUCUUUCCAUGUUGAAUGGCAUUCUUUUUAUGGCACUGGGGUCUGCAAUUGGCUUUCCAAUUGCAUCAGCUUCUG